CAUAAUACAUAGUGUGUUUCUAAUCCUUUCAUCGACGGGAUAUCCAUUUGGAGUUGCAGAACCAGGAACAGAAGUGACAAAAGUGAUUCUGUAGCCAGGACUUAUACUUAUUACUUUUAUACUUCUUUGCUUACAUUCUGUGUUAUAAUUUGUGGACGUAUUAUACAGCACAUUUGAUAAGCAUGAGUGGACUGGGGAUAAAAGGGGAGAAGAUGUCAGGGGCCGGGUGAGAGGGAGGGCCACUGGAGGAGGAAGAAGGAGCUCUGUGUGCAGAGAUGCGGGCGUUGUGAGGGAUAGUGGCUGUGAGAAAGCGGCAGAGAUCAGUCCUGAUCCUCAGAAGAGACCAGAGGAACCACUGAGGACGAGUCCAUGGUUUUAGGAGCCUUUGGUGUGCAGUUGGAAAGAUGCUGAGUGGAGCGGUGCCAAGCGUUGCAGCCUGAUACCACCCCCAACAGGAGGGCACCAUUAGUCAGAAUGGAAGACCAGGAUCGAAUCAGCCAAGCGUCUAGUGUAGCCACCAUUUCCUACUUCCCAGUCAGAAGGGACAGCAACGGAAAAGUGCAAACAUUUGGUAAAAGAUGCCAUUCUGCCAAAAGAGACCCCAACUGUCCUGUGGUGAUCAGAGGAUGGCUUUAUAAGAAGGAUAGCUCAGGUCUAAAGCUGUGGAAGAGGAGAUGGUUUGUCCUCUCUGACUAUUGUCUCUUUUACUACAAAGACAGCAGAGAAGAAUCGGUUUUGGGCAGUAUCCCACUCCCCAGCUAUAAAAUACUCUUUUGCACACCACGAGAAUGUAAGAACAGGAAAUUCACCUUCAAGGUGGUGCACCAGGGCAUGCGCUCCUAUUUCUUCAGUGCUGACACACAGGAGGACAUGCUGGGCUGGGUCCGAGCCCUCACUCAGUCUGCAGCCAUGGAGCCAGGCAGCACAAUGAACAGACGUUGCUCCAGUUACCAGGAUUUCACUCACAUGGGGGGCAGCAGUGAGUCUGUAGACAUGCCCCAGUCCCCAUCAGAUGGAGAGGGCCCUCCACAGACCCACCGUCACGUCACCCGAACCCUGAGUGAACCCAGUCAGCUGAGUGGAGGUCGAAUGGGAGCAUCGCACUCGGAGCAGAGGGGAAGGAGGAGUGUACGACACAGAAACUGCAGCCCUACAGCUCGUACUCCCAGCCCUCAGCUUCGCUGCAGCCGCAGACCAGCAACAGUCCAGGCUGACUCUGUGAUCUAUGUCCCAGUGGAGAACAGUCUCCACGGCCCGGCAGACAUCAUGGGGACAAGCUUACCCUCCAGGGCGCAGCUGGGAUCCAGACCCCACACACCAGUAGGUCGGGUCGACAUCCGACCUCAGGAUGAUCCGGCCAUUCUCCCUCACACGCUCUUCUAUGCUCCUGCUUCACCAAAGCUGGAGUUCAAAUCCACUCCUACUACACCAGUGACAGAGAGAUGGCAAAAGCCUAUGACAACAUAUGGAUCAGUCCAUUCUGUCCCAAAUGGAAGAAGACCUUUGGGAAAGAGCUACUCCACAGGGGCAAAUGCAGACUUACUGCCUCCUUUGCCCCCAUCCUCCAGAGCUGCACAUGUUUCGCAACCACAACAUCACCACCACCAUCACCACCACCACCGCAACCAUUUAUCUGUGUGUGUGCUGCCGCCAGCCAUGCCCACUAAGCCUGAGCUGAGGGAGUGCCAGCCAAUCAGACCUCUGGAAAGUGAUGCUGAUGUUGUGUUGACACGGCUGUGUGGAUGUGACAAGCUGCUACAGUCUUUGUCAAUGGAGCUAGCCCAGCUACAAAUAGAUAAGGACAGUGUCCACUGUGCUUUAGAAGUGUCACGACUACAGCUGGAGGAGUGGAAGAGUCAGGGGCCCCAGGUAUACGAGGAAGUAAUAACUCAGAAGGCUUUGCUUCAGGAAGACUUGGUCACGAUCCGAGCAAGAAUGUGUGAUGUAUCUCUGGAAAUGGAGAAAGUGUGGAGCCAGUAUGAGAGAAUGGAGAGUGAACUGUCUGUAAUCCGCUCACAUCUUCAGCAUAUCUGCAACUUUGGAGUGCCAGAGGAACAGUCUCAUGCACAAAGAGAGUUGUGGAUGAUGGAGGACAUUUUGUCAGGGCUCAAAACCAACAGAGAACACUUCCGCUUUCUUCUGGGAGUACAAAGGCAUCACAUGUUCCAGCCAACAUCAGCUCACCCGGGCUCUCCUAUGCCUCCGACUGAUAGACUGCAGACUGGGUUGCCAAUGGACGUUGAUCAAGAGCCUCCUGCGCGGCCACCAUUACCCCAGGAACUGGGCCAGGAUAAGGGCUGGACUGAGCAUCCCUAUGAGGGAGUUUACAACCACAAUGAACCCGCACAAAGACAAGGAAGCAGCCAGCCUGAUCUGCUCAAUGUGAAUUCCCACACUGAUUCACCCGACUCCAAUACCUCUUCAAAGUGUACCACACCAGACACCAACAACCAUUCAACUAAGAAUAUUAGGAUGAGUGAAGAGGAGCAAAUUGACAGGAUGAGGAGGAACAAGCAGAAAGUGAUAACUAAAAAGAAGCCACAAAGUUUCAUGACAAGUGUCCAAAACCAGCCUCAAACUUCAGAGACGCCUGGAGAGGCCCCUUUUCCUUUACGAGUCACACGGGUGGUCACAGCUAUCCUACCGUCAUCGCUUGUGGCUAGGAAAGUAUCUGUGGAAGACCCCCCGCCUGAACUAGACGUACCAUUACCAGAACAAGUCCAGCCAGAGCUCACUGAAGACACCAGGGAGCUCUCGCUGAGAAAGACAAGCAGGCAGCAACACCAGGAAGCAGUCAGACCCUCAACGCUGGAGCUAGAGCAUCCAACAAACCAAGAGCAGGGAGGGGGUGAAAUCAGAGCUCCAGAACACAGGGAACAGGAGGAGCGAGGCAGUGCCCUUUUGACCCUGGAAGCGCACCCCGACCUCUGCCUCACCCCUGAGCAGCGGGAAGCUAAACUAAGACGAGUGGAGCGCAUUCGGGAGAGAGUUAUACGAAGUGCAGUCAGAGAGAGUUCCUCCAAUCAACUUCCAACUCUGUGGAGAGAGGGCCAGGGAGCUUCCCAGGGGAACCAUGAAAGUACAAAGAAGCAGCGGCAAACAAAAGGACGUGAUCUAGACGAUAAAACCAAAAGUGGCAAGUGUUCCAAAGAAGCAACUCCAAGUCAGGACACAGGUGAAGUGGAUCUUAGCAAAAGCAAAAGUCCUUGUGGGACCAAAACACAUCUCAAAGAUUACAGCGGACGAAGGGGAGUCGCCAAGUCCAAAAUCAGACGACCAGCCUCACCAUAUCAUAUCUCAUCUAUGACUGUCUACCCGAAAAAUGGAAGCGAGGACUUUAUGUGUAGCAAAAACAAAGAGGAGCAGAAGCUUGAAGACACAGCCACCGAUGAUAAUGAAAGUAAUUUUUCAUCCAGUGAUGUGAGAGCCCAGUGGUUCCUCUCUACGAGCCAGUGGCAGGGCGUUAUACCGCUGCAGAUCUCAGAGACACAGACGCCACACGAGGAGGAGGCGCUGACAGAUGUGGACCACCAAGGGGCAGGUUUGGAAGAAUCCAGCCAGAUGUCUCCAGAAGUCAGUGAAAGCUUGGAGAAGAUGAAGCAAAACCAUUCACUGUUUUAUAAGAUUGCGUGUGACAUAAGUAUUUCAGAUUCAGACAUUACAAGGAAUGAUGGGAGUUCAAAUAUGCAGACUAUAACAGAGGAGCUGUUGAUCACCGAAGAUGGGGAAAGAGCACAGAUAUCUGAUCAGCAAUGGAAUGAACAAAAUUCCGUACAAGCCACAAAUUGUAAGAUAAAAGAAGGAGCCGAUCGUGAAGAAAAUGUGCAAAAUAACUUUUCAAGACAAGACGGCCAGGUUCCAGACAGUGAGAAUAACAACAUAGAAGCGGAAGAGUAUACACAGACGAGUAAAGAUUCAAGUGGUGACCAGGAACAGCAGGUAAAUGAGGAUAAAGUUGGAGAGCUCAGAAAAAGCAAGAGUUUAUGUGAUACUAACCGUGAGAGCAGCAACUGUGAGGGCCAAGCUGAACACUUAAACAGUGGCAGUUUGAAUCGUAAUGGCUCUUUUGGAAAGACCAGAGUGACCGUGCUGAGGACCAGUUUGUAAAAUAAGGUAAUGGUUACUUUUGUACUUUAUUAUGGGUUCUGUGGGAUCAUUAACGUUAACUUUAUAUCUAUUGUGAAGAAGAUAAUUAAUACAAAUGGAUAAUCAAAUGUAUUAGAUAUAUAAACAUAACUGAACCUAUCCAUUUGUGAAAGCACUUCUAUAAGGUACAUCUGUCAGCGUAGCCUCUAGUCUCAUAGUUUCUCAUAGUUAUUUAGAAAUGAUCUGGUCUCAUCCACUGGUCCCAUUUCAGCAGUACAUGAUUGGACAUGAUUGUUCCUGUUUGCUUCUCCAAACAGUGCUCACUAAAGCUGGCAUCAUCAAAGUACCAAGUAUGAUGAGCAAAUCCUUUUCACUCCAACUGGUGUAAAGUUGGUUUCUAAAAUCGCACAAGAACAAAGAGUAACUGAGGAGAUUAUACGUAAAAAGUUGCAACAUUUCCAUAAUAUUGAGGUAAAAACUGAGAGAGUCUUAAAUAAUAUUUAUAUGCAGAGAAAACUUGUGCACUGUCUUACUUGUAAUUAACCUUCUCAUUCCUUGUAUUGUUUGAAUCUUAUAUAAAGUAAAAUGUGUAAAUGUUAAAUGGUGAUUUAUGGAAAAACAAAACUUUGUGUUUUGUAACUUGUCAUUCAUCAAUAAACCUGUUGAGUGAUGC